CAAUGACCUUCUUCCCCUGCGGCUGACCACUCCCCGGGGCUGGCUUUUCUGCACUCCCCCGGACAGCCCAGCCUUCGAGAGGCAGCCUGGGUUCCCGUGGCCGGUGGAAAGUUGCGCACCAUUUUUUUCCAGAGGGAAAGCUCUUUUGAAAGCGCUGAAAAGGUGCCCGACCGCGGCCAUGCUGGCGCUGCUGUGUUCCUGCCUGCUCCUGGCGGCCCGCGUCUCCUGCACCUCCAACGGCCCGGACCCGGAGGAGCCCAGCUCCAGCACGGCGGAGCAGAUCCGCGACAUGCACGUCAAGGUGACGGAGAUCUGGCAGGAGCUCACGCAGCGGCGGGCGGCGGGCGGCGGAGCGGACCCCACGCUCCACGCCGCCUGCCAGGUGCGGCCGUCCGCCUCGCUGGACGCCGCGCAGCCCCGGGUCUCGGGCCUCGUCCUCUUCCGGCAGCUGGCGCCCGGCGUCAAGCUCGACGCCUUCUUCGACCUGGAGGGCUUCCCAGCGGAGGCGAACGGCUCCAGCCGCGCCAUCCACGUGCACCAGUUCGGGGACCUGAGCCAGGGCUGCGAGUCCACGGGGCCCCACUACAACCCGCUGGGCGCGCCGCACCCGCAGCACCCGGGCGACUUCGGCAACUUCGGCGUCCGCGACGGCCGCGUCUGGAAGUACCGCUCGGGCCUCGCGGCCUCGCUGGCCGGCCCGCACUCCAUCGUAGGCCGCGCCGUGGUGGUCCACGCGGGCGAGGACGACCUGGGCCGCGGCGGCAACCAGGCCAGCGUGGAGAACGGCAACGCGGGCCGCCGGUUGGCCUGCUGCGUGGUGGGCGUGUGCGGGCCGGGGCUGUGGGAGCACCAGGCGCGGGAGCACGCAGAGCGCAAGAAGCGGCGGCGGGAGAGCGAGUGCAAGGCCGCCUGAGGGCACCGCCACCCCGCAGGCGCGCGGAGACCUCCCUGCCCAGAGCAGCCGAGCGGUCGGAGACCGUCUUCCGAUGCUGAGAUCCCCCUCCGCGCCCCGAGUACUCCUCUGCACCUCGAGACCCCCACAUGCACCCCCAAGUCCUCUCUGCGAUCUGAGUUACUCCUUCUGAGUCCUGAGAUCCCUGCAUAGGACCUGAGACCCCCUUCCCUCCCUGAAAAUCCCACUUGCGCCGAGGACCUCUCUGUACCCUGAGACCCUGUCUGUGCGCCCUUGCUCCUACUGCGCCCUGAGACAUCACCCACCCCAAUGUGCUCUGAUCCCCUCUGUGCCUCAGAUGCCCCUCUCUGCCCUGAGACUCCCCCUGCAUCCUGAGAGCCCCCUCUGCCCUGAGGUCCACCUUCACCAUAGCUCAGGUCUCCCUAUGAGCCCUGAAAAUCCCCUCCAUCCUGAGGUCUCUCCCAUACGUGCUGAGCCCCCCACCUCCGCCCACAUGACAUCCUCCCUGAGGGCCUCCUAGACUUCCUGAGGUCCCCUCCCACCCUGAUCUCCCAUGAUUCCUGAGACUCGUUUUCGCUCUGAGACCACCUCCCCAACCUCACCUUCACAUUCUUCCCAGGUGCUCUGAGACGCCUGCUGAAGUUCCCUAGGGUUUCCCUUUCCCCUGGCAGUACCCCGACCCGAGCAGCCCACAGUUGCGACCACUGUCCUGUGCCUUCUGCUGUUUCCUGCCCACCAUCCCCAGAGACCUGCUCCUUUGGGGAGUGUUUUGCAUUCUUUGUGUUGCACAUUAAAAACCCAGCACUUCAGUACUGCA